GGGAAGGUCUCUGGAGGAAUGGAUGAAGGCAGCAGCGGCGCCUUUUCUCACCCGCUUCGCUACAUGCGCUCGCCUCAAUCUUGCGUGUGGCCUUUCGCAAUAUAGGGUAUGAAUCAUCGGCAGGGAUCGACCUGCGGGUUAUCUCGGUUGGGUCUUCUUGGUUCGCCAGAUCAUGAUCCAUCAGUUGAGCUGCCUUCGGGUUGUCUACGGAGGAGUGGGUCGCAAUACGUACCGAAAAAAAGACGGGCUGCGUGCGGCCUGGCUUUGUGUGUUGACGAUUUUCUUUUUCUGUUCCCUGGUUUUGCCUUCUUCAAAAUUCGCUCCUUUGUUUUUCACUUUUGAAAACCCGGAUGAUAGAGUUAUGAAAAGGUUACGAAUAUUAAAAUUUACUACCAAAGCAAACUUCAUACGAUACGUAGACUUGUAGUUUAUCCCUUUCAUACCGCUUCACUUACACAAAUACGACUGAU